AGCAUAUAACAACUUCUUGCUUUGCCAUCUACUAACAUUAAACGUACUUAGUUGGUUACAGCAUCUCUCCUUGCCAGGUGAAAAUGGCCCAGACUCAACUCUCUGUGUGUGUGAAAGCACCUUACCCAGUCUCCCGAAUGAAAUGCUGAAGGCGGAGCUGUAAUCUUAGGUUUCUCCAUCCUCAAAAUCUUGCGCGUUUACCGCAAGACAGUCGUAUCCAAUUACGUAGUCCUUCUCCGGAGGGAGACAUAAGAGAAAAACCUCGUUUGCCACGAAUUCCCUCUACUGAAAUAAGGGAACGCUCGAUAGCUGUCUUUCUUUUCUCGAGUAUUACAUGAACUGUUUAUAUUUCAUCAAGGGAUUCUCCUUCAGUGUAAUAUGAUGAUGACAUCACAAUCUGGCCGAACUGGCUUUUCUAAGUUUCAUCUCAAGAACAGUCAACAACACUGAGCCAAGAAGAAGCAGUUCAAUCAUGCCCUCAACACAGAACAACCCUAUGGGCUUUGGUGAGCGAAGAAGGCAGGACAUCUCGCAGCCUUGAAUGAGGCUGGUGGUGUUGCCCUUGAACACAACUCAGAUCGUGUGUUUGGACUCCGCAGCAAUCCACAGUUCACCUCUUGGUUAUAGAUGGAGGACCCUGUCUGUUUGUGAGCCUGACCCAACAUUCUGACAGGAGCACUGUCUGAGGAAGAGCAAACAUGUCCCUCUCUACGGUGCUGGCGAAGGCCCUGUUUGACAAUGCAGCAGAGAGCCCUGAGGAGCUGGCCUUCCGGAAGGGGGACAUCCUGAUGGUUCUAGAACAGGAACAGGGAGGGGGUCCUGGCUGGUGGCUCUGCUCCCUCCACGGGCGCCAGGGCAUUGCACCCGCCAACCGCCUCCGCCUCCUCCACACUGCCCUGGGGUCGGACCCCCGACCCCCCAGCGAAGACUCUGUGUACCUCUCCCCUGGCCCCCUGGCCCGCACGGCAGUCUCCACGGAGGACGUAGACGGGGUCUACCGCACCCCACCUAGGCUGGGGGAGGCCCUGUACCAGAGCCCAGGGGCGGUGCCUGUCGCCUCUAGACCAGGGGUGCUCCGGCAGGCCGAGGUAGGGGGUCGCCCCCGUUCCCGCUCCAGCUCUGGUACACGCCCCCUACCCGAUUGGGACGUGGGGGUGACAGGGCGCCCGCGCUCGCCCUCCCUCCGAGGCAGAGAUACAGACUCAGCCGGGACACUUUACCAGACCCCCUCCACCCCCACGCCUCUUGGGCUCCACUACCACAGAGCACCAGGGGGUCUGGCUGGAGCCCCUGGCCCAGAGAAUGUCUACCUGGCCCCCAGUGGGAUGCCCCGGGCGGUGGGUCUAGCUCCAGAGAGGCUAGAGGACAACACCUACCUGGUCCCCAGGGAGACCGUAGCGGCCGUAGGCCACUCUGAUGGCUGUUACCUUGUCCCCAAAGGUACUGUACUGCCCAGCGAGGAGGUCUACCAGACCCCCACAGGAGGGGCAGCAGGGGUGGCCGUGGUGACCCAGGUCACCCCCAUCGCUACCAGGAUCCUGGAGGCUCAGAGCCUCACCCCUUCACAGGUUAAUGGGGGUGGGGGGGCCCCCCUCAAGCCCCUCACCCCUCAAUCCAAACUGGCACAGGACACCCCUGGAAUGAUGUACCAGACCCCCACCGCUGUGGGAGCAGGGAUUCUCAGGACUCCACCCGUCCCUGCACUGGGAUCCCCCAAACCUCAGCUGAAAGGCGUGACCCCCAAAACCCCAGGGACCCCCAGAGGUCAGGGGGGUGUACCCUCCACCCCUCCCAUCGCCAGGGGGAAGCUAGCUCCGGCUACCCCCCUCAGGGGGUCUCCAUUGCUGGCCAGACCAGGAGAGGGACAAGGCAGAGUGCCCAGGUCACCAAACUUUGCCCGUAAGCCCCCUCCUCCAGCCCCUCCAGUGAGGGGGGUCACCAGAAAAGAGUUGCCCCAGUCUGGAGCCCCUGUAUCCACCUCUAAGCCUGCCCUCUCCACUCCCCAGUCCACUCCUGUACCCUUGCAGCAGAAGAGCAAAGAUGGAAGGAUGACGUCGGAUGAAAAGAAGAAGAAUGGGCAGAAUAAGAAAGGAGAGGACAGAGCGUAUGCAGAUCCUGAUGACGAGAACCUCAAUGAACAGGUGUAUGAUACUCCUCCCAGCAGUAGGUGGCAGCGGCCAGCCCCAGCAGCGUUGUGUGACGAUGAGAACAUCUACAACACCCCCCGCUCCCUCCCCCCACACACUGACCUAGAGUCAGAGGUGUACAAUGUUCCCACCAUAAUAAUCAACACGUCAUCAGAGGAGGACGUUUACAGCAUUCCCACACUUCCUGGCCUACACCUGGCCCCGGGGGACAUGUCCACCAUCAUCCCUCUGGAGGAGACUGAGCAUGGCCAGGUCUACUCUUUCCCCGGCCCAGGGAAGAGCGCUCCGCUGGGGCUGGGUGAGGGCAGCGACCCGGGCUCCACCUCCGAGUCGGACUGUGGCAUCUACAACAUGCCUGCUCUCACCCUGGACGUCCUGCCCUCUUCGGCGAUGUCGACGUCAUCUUCCACACAUAGGUUGUCUGUAUCCAGUAAUGGGUCUGGUGACGUCCAAUGGAGAACCUCGCUUUCCAGCCUCGUCCAAUCGGUGCUGAGCUCUGCCUCGGGUACACCUGCCUCCUCAAGGGACCUGGCCACCUCAUUGGCUGAGAUCCUGUCCAUCUGGAAGUUGAGUCAACCCAGCGAGGUCCCUCCCCCUCUCCAACAGGCUUGGGCCCGCCUCUCAGACUUACUUCCUGCUUUGUCCGCCGGUGGCCACGCCCCACCGUCAGACACCCUGCUCUCUAUGGUCCAACGGGCGCUGGAGGACUCCACCAUCCUGUUACAGACCCAGGGGCGGCCCCGCCUCCCUUCCCAGGAUUCCCUCUCCCGGAGACCCCUACCAGCCCUUCCCGUAGCUGAGGUCAAACCCAUAGGGAGUGGUAUGGGACCACGCAAGAGUAGCUGGAUCCAGGAGAGACCUUUACCCCCGACCCCGCAGCCAGCAUUCCCCCUGUCCCCCGCACAACCCUCCAUUACCAUGUCCAUUACGGUAGGGCAUAGCGAUGGAGAGGAGGAGAUGGGGAACGAGUACGCAGGGAUAGGUCUGACUCCCGCCCCGGCACCACUUCCUGUGGGAGACAGUGUGGGAUACGUGAAACUGCAGGGAAAGCCAGAGCCUCCCUCAGAUGCCCAGACAGAGAAUGGGUCAAACCAGACUGUCCACACCACAGAGCCUAGGUUGAGCCCCUCCCCUCCUCUGCCCAUCUCUCUCUCUCUGGAGGACUCUGAGCUGCUGUCCUUCUAUUCGUCUCAGAGCCUGUCCCACCUCUCCUGUCUGGCCGACUCCAUCGACGUGCUCUUCAACAGUGUGCAGGGGAACCAGCCGCCCCGCGUCUUUGUUUCCCGGGGGAAGAGUUUGAUCGUGACGGCGCACAAGCUGGUGUUCAUCGGGGACACGCUCUCCCGCCUCCUGACCUCUCCUGACCUCAGGGCAAAGGUUACAACCUCAGGUGGGCGUCUGUGUCAGGCCCUGAAGGCUGUCGUUGUGGCGACAAAGGGGGCAGCACAAAACUAUCCAUCUGUCUCUGCCACCCAGGAAAUGGUGGACCGCGUGGCCGAGCUGUCCCAGCAUGCCGCAGGAUUCUCCAGCCUGCUACAGCGCCUCACAGAGAUAUCUUGACGAUGUUUCUUCAACUUCUUUUCUUGAAAUGCCUUAGUUCAGGGUUUCCCAAGGACCAAGUUUGGGAAACGCUGCCUUAAUAGUUGUUUCAAUGUGUUAUCUUUUUAAUUGAACGGUUUGACGUUGGAAGUAAGUGAUGUGAUUUUCAGUGCGGAAAGAAGAACUGAGAUAUGUGCCUCACAUUUGUUAUCGAGUUAGAUUUUGUGUGUGUGUUGUUUGGGCUUUGUUUGUUUUUAUACUUACUGACUUCUGUGCUGUUAGUAUCAACAUCCAAGCACAGUUGUCUCGUUGUGUGUCCUGAUAACUUAUUUGAUUGAUGGAUGUUUGGUUUUGCUCAUGUUUGUGACAUUGAGUGUCCCUUGUGGGUUACCGUAUUAUGGGAGACAGCCUAGUUCUGGUCAGUUGCCAUAUGUUCCUCCUCCUUUGACAUAACCAUUUGUUUUCUUAUCUUUGCAUCCUUAUUUAUUGUAAGUAACUCUCCAUCCCCCUCUCCAAAAAUAGCAAGUGAGCCUCACAUCCUGUUUGUUGAGAUGGAGGAGAACAGGGAGAACUUGAUGAAGGUGCAGGUGGUGGGUCUGUAUAUAAAUGCUGUGGCAGCAUUACUGUGUGUUUCUGCCUGGUGUUGCAUUGGAGAUUGUGUAAAACAACACUUUUAUUAUCCAUAGGAUGUUGACCAUAGGAGCUUGCAAGAUGGCACAAACCAACCUGGGACCAGGCUACUCCUUUACCCCUUCAGUUUCCUACCUUGUAGUCUGGAAGAGAGGGAUUGGAAAGCGAUUCAGAUUGGUUUAAAGUAACCUGUUGUUGAAAUGGCGCAAGAGCGGGCUCAGUCAGGGAUGUUCUUUCCCACGGUUGGGCCAUUGAGAGGGAAAAACCUGUAUGCCAACUUUUACCUGUCUACACCUGUCUCGCUUUUCAUUUCUCACUUUCUUUCCUCUCGAUUUCUCACACAUUACACCUUUAGUCACACACCACAGUCCCUUGGAUGUUGUCAAAAGGACGAGAAAGAAAGGGUUGUCUUUUGUUUUCUCUAUGCAGGUAGCUCCCAGACAGACAUGCUGGUUUACUGUUGCCUGUGCCUGUCUGUGUUUUUCUAUUCAACUCUAUUGUCAGUCAGAGCUUGUGAGGCGUCCAUAGCAGACGUGUGGGUUGCAGACUUGCCAAAUGGGGUAUUUCUGUAGUGCAUGUGUAUCUCCAUAAAGUUCAUCUUUGUCACCAUCUCCCUGCUUCAGUCAAUGUUUAAAUUAAUCUUCGGUGCCCAAACAUUGCCUCCUGUUUCGCUUCUACCUGUCUAGUUCCCUGUAGCCUCUGAUGGGCUAGGUGGAAGUAUCACCAUAUUGCUUCUUGGGCUACUCUUACCCAAUCCUCUCAGAUCCUAAUAAGUGCAUAGGGGGCUAGGGGUUGAUUGGGGCGCAGGCUUCUAGGUUUUCCUAUUGUUGAAAGACACUAAUCGCACCCUGCAAAGUCAAUGCUGCCACCCUCCCUAUUAUUGCUGUCUGACUCUAUGCAUCAGUGGUAUGUUGUUGAUAGGAGGGUCAAAUUAACAAAAAUGCAUCAGUGCCAAAAAAAGUACUAAGUAGCUUCGCCAAGCUCUGGUGUUUUGCUUUUGAGCUCCACCUAGUGGAAGGAAGCAGUGUUUCUACAGAAUGCCUGCCUUCAGUCAAAGCCGGAAGGCCUAAUAAUAGAAAAGCAUCGUCAUAAUUAAUAACAUUGUAUUUAUUGAUCUAUUUUGUUCAAGUGGCUUUGUGAUCUGCAUGGCUUUAAGUUGCUUUAUUUGUUGUAUAUGCACACAUUUAACCAGGGACGUUUUCACCUCACACCGUGAAUUCAAUUUUACUAUAAUAAUGUUUCAAAAGAACAAACGGAGAAGAGCAGUUAGUUUGAUUAAGCUAGAAUUGUAUUUUGUCUUUUUUUGUACCAGAAUGUAUUUUUGAAAGCUUUUCGUUUUGUAAUCAUGUUUUACACUAAAGUGAAUUUGUUGGGAUUGACUCCAUGGCUAAAUAAGGCAUAUGGAUCUAUCCAGUCUACACUUCAUGUAAGUUGAACACUACAAUGAUGACGGUCAUUAUGACUCUGUUCCGUUUUUAAAUGCACAAAUACAUUUUUUACAAUUACA